AUGACAGUCACGAAGUUAGUCUGGGUCGCCCUGCUGCCGGCUCUAGCUCUAGGGAGCAUUGACAGACAACGAAUAGUCUCCCAAUUCAACGUCGUUCGAACGGGCUUGAUUGACAAUGAGACUACGCCAUUGCAGGUCGGCAAUGGUAACUUUGCUUUCAAUGUCGACAACACGGGCAUGCAGACGUUCCUGCCCUUCAACACUUUAUCGAGCUGGGCAUGGCAUAACGACUCGUUGCCAACGAAUGGUGAGAAACUAAGCGACUAUAUCGGCGUGCCCCGACUAACCCACGGACGAAACGUCUCAUACGACAUCCCCGAUCCCAAUCUUCCCGCAGUAUCUCAAUGGCUCAUCGGAAACCCGAACCGCAUCAACCUGGGACGCAUUGGUCUGAAGUAUAAAGGGGCGACUCUUUCAGCGGAGAAAAUCACCGAUCCGAGGCAGGAGCUGGAGCUGUGGAGUGGAACCAUCACGUCUACAUUCAAAGUCGACGGCGAGGCAGUCAAGGUGAUUACACAGGGCGACUUCGACACCGACGCCGUGACGUUCCAGAUCGACUCAAAACUUGUGGCAGGAGGCGACCUCAAAGUCCAGCUUGACUUCCCCUACCCGCCAAUUCACUCAACCAAGUACAAAUACGAGGUUUUUGCCGGAGUCUACGACUUCCCGCUGAACCACACCACUCGCAUUGUGAACAGCUGUGGAAGGCCUGACUUGGCACAUAUCUACCACGAGCUACAAGAGACCAGCUACUACGUCAAUCUGCGCUGGCCCUCUAACUCCUCACUCCACUUGUCGAGGGACGAGCCAGAAGGUUCUGAAAAGAUCACUGCUCAUCGAUACACCUUGGCGUCUAACGGCUCGGCGAGCUCCGUUCUAUUUACUGCGCACUUUUCGCCAGAUCGUCAAGAUCCCGACAUACCCUCGACAGUGGAGGAGCGAAACGUAAUUGGUUGGCACGAGUAUUGGAGUGAGGGCGGCUUUGUUGACCUCACUCUUUCGUCGAACCCUAAUGCUACGGAGCUGCAAAGACGCAUCAUCUUGUCACAGUAUCACGUCCGCGUCAACAGCGCAGCUUCAGGACAGUCACCCCAGGAGAGUGGGCUGAUGAAUAAUGGGUGGUAUGGAAAGUUUCAUAUGGAAAUGGUCGUGUGGCACAAUGCGCAUUGGGUGACCUGGGGUCGUAAGAAGUACUUCGACAACAUCUUUCCACAGCUCUAUGAGACGCUUUUGCCCUCUUCUUUUGCGAGGGCUAAAGCCAUGGGAUGGGAGGGAGCCAGGUCAGUUGCCUCCAUGAGCAGUUGA